CGAUAUCGAUCCUCCCUCCCUGGACCAUCGUUCCGCUAGAGGAAGGUGGUUCCCACGGCUAGUCAGGUUGUCUCGACUCUCAACACUUGGGCUUUCUGCAUACACGGGCCUACGAACACCUGCGAGAUGAACUGGAAAUCUUUGGCGCUCUGUUUCUUAUGCUUUUGUCACUGUUGUCUCGCCGACAAUGGCAUGGAUAUGUCCAUGGAUGGUGGCAUCAGUCUUGCUGUAGGGAACAUGCUCGCGUACCUGCACUUUACGCCAGGAGACAAUCUGUGGUUCCUUGGCUGGGUUCCUAAGAGCUCCGGAGCCAUGGUUGGCACAUGUAUCGCACUGUUUAUGUUGGCGUUGAUCGAGCGCUGGAUAGCAGCUUGCCGAGCAGUCAUGGAAUUCCACUGGGGCCAACAGGCAAUUAUCAUUGCGUCUGAUAAACUCAAUACCCUACCAACUCGGACAUCUCGCAUCGGAUUCACAAAGCGCUUUACGCCUCCUUUCAUUCCCGCGCAUGAUAUUACACGUGGGGUCAUGUUUGCAGUGCAGGCGCUGUUGGGCUACCUCUUCAUGCUGGCAGUCAUGACGUACCAGCUGGGUUUCAUACUCUCCCUUGUGGUGGGGCUCGGAGUGGGAGAGACUUUCUUUGGAAGAUUUGGUAGUAUUGCGCAUGCACAUUAAACCGAUUACACGCGUUCUUUUUGCAAAACAUGUCCGCGCGACGAUCAUCGGUAGAACGCAAUCUUUGGGCAGAAGUUCCAUUCUGACACUGUCCCGCUGCUUAUACAUGCACUAAUGUCCCCCAUCACCACUGCUGUUCUUUGUUGAUCAGAGUUGUUGCAUUGUAUGGCUGCUGGCACCGUUUUGUACAUUACGAAACUCAAUUACGCUGUUCUCCCGCGCUCUCUUAGCACAUCCGGUGUACUCCAGACCCGCAGAUGUGACUGUAAGAGUCUGCCACGAACUCCCUCGUCAAUUUUUGCGUGACCCGCGGCUCAUCUAAAUUUCUUGAUCAAGAAGUGAAA